AUGUAUUCCCCUGUCUCUUCCACUCGGUCGACAUCAUCCCGAGAACAAUCUCAGACUCCAAGCUCAACUGCGACCCUGGAUAACCUAUUCUCACAACGAGCUAUGCCACUACAACAGCCCCUCUCCACCUUUGCAGGCUUCGGUCAUCCUUCGCGGCAAGAUCAGCAGCCUCCUCGAAGCCUCUUCAGUGAUCCCAUCCGAAUGCCUUCCCAACAGCCCUCCCAACAGCCCUCCCAACAGCCUCGAAGCCUUUUCCAUGAUACUAUCCGAAUGCCCUCCGAACAGCCCUCCUCACAGCCCUUGAUGCAACCAUUCCAGUCUAGAAGUCUUUUCGGUGAUGCUAUCCGACUGCCCUCCCAACUGCCCUCCCAACUGCCCUCCCAACAGCCUUCUCAACAACCCUUGCAACAGCCCGUCUGGCAAGCAACUCACACGAACGCCAUCAGACCCCAGUGCGCCGAUACGAGGGCGACUACCUCCGCCAUGGACAAAUCCCAAGCUGAUACUCAGUCAAAGUCUCAGCAAACGAAGGAUGUGGGCCAAAAUAUUAUCGACAUGAUCCAAGAUAUAAUGGAUAUGCUCGAAAAAAUCAAGGCCAAGAAGGCGGCCGAGAAGAAUGCUCAAUGCUCAUGA